AUGACCAUGCAGAAAUUUGAUCCCAAGUCCUGGCAGGAGAACCCCAACAAACGCUCUCUCUGGUCCACUGCCUACCUCUUUGGUAUGACAGAUAUUGUGCUGCUGCCUCAGAUGCAUGAGGAUGCACUCCUCAAGUCUCUCAUUAAUGGACAUGCCCAGUAUUUACUCAAUAAUUCUACCUCCCUGCUCAACGCUUUCAUCGACAGCAACCUCCAAGAUGAUGUUUUUUUGUUGCACCACAUUCCUCAUGACUGGAACCAUACACCAUCUGAUGACUGCCUCCAUAAGCGCAUCAAGAAUUACCUUAGUCAUACAUUGGCCUUGACCUUGACCUCUGAUGCACCCAUUGCCAUCAACAAUGCAAUUACUCUGCUCCAAAGCACCCUACCCCAACUGACUGGGUCUCCCCCUCAGUGCCCUGGCCCAUUGUCAGCCAACCACACCAAGGAGAAGAUAGCUAGUAAGGCCGCUUCUGGCAAGAAGCCACGUUUUGCCAUGAUGUCAGGUCUGCAAGUGGAGUUCCCACUUCACUUGAUGGAUGCAUCCAAACCCACCAUGUCCCACAUUCUUGAUAUCCAAGACUCCUGGACCACCGAACAUGCACUAUGCACUAUCACAUCUGACAUGGGUGUGGACUUCAACAUCCAUAAGAUUGCAUAUAAGACUUUGGCAAUGAAGAUACCUUUGUGGUCAGCCUUGAAGCCCAGUGCGAUAUCCAAUUGCGUGCUCAAGGGCAAAAACACCUCAAAAUUUUCAAUCUGUUUUUCAGUUGGCAGUCACCAAAACCAAAUCUAA